AUGAGCUUAGCUAGUACCAUCAACGACCCAACGCGAUUCGAGAUACGGAUACUGUCACCAUUGGGACCAGACGAUUCAGGCACUACCCUCUACGAUACUAUUCACAAUUCGCUCGUCUUGAGACACGUAGUAUCCUAUCUGCCCAUAUCGAGUAUCGUGAGCCUUGCUGCUACGAGCCGAGCUUUCCGAACUCUCAUCCUAGAGACCCCCGGCGUCUUUCGCCAUCUUGCCCUCUCUCACAUCAAGGCGGUCCAGUUUGAGAUUGCCAAGAUCGAUCAUGGAGGCGAGAUCUGGCGCAACGUGCAGCUAGAUGAAAACCUCACCGAAGAUGACUUCUACUCCGGCCCGUUGAGGGGCAUCUUCUCAACGCUUCGGCGACAGAACAUCCUGCAGAACGUCCAGACGCUGGUCCUCGACGGCCUCUCCGUCACUUCGGAGCUCUGUCAUGAGAUUAUCAAUGACGCCAGCUUCAACGUCCGCAUCCUGUCCAUCCGCGAAGUCAAGAAUUUGAAUCACGGCAAGCUUCGCCAAACGCUUCAGUAUGCCUGUCGCCCUACUCGGCGGGCGGGUUCUCCCAAGCUCCAGGCACUGUACGUCUUCGGCACCAGGGACAUUGCUCUGGCAUCCUCGCUGCAGCACCAAGGCGACGUCUGGUGGCACCACAAGGGCCGCAUCCUCCCUCGACCUGUUACUCAAGAUUGGGCCAGCUGCAUGCUGGCCUGCCAGGGCAUCAUUGCCUUCGACGCCGUCCUCUGCCACGGGCCACGCCACCGCAACUCGCCGGCCUACACGGGCGGAUCGGAUCUCGACAGCGCUCCGGCCGUAGCCACCUACUCUCUCGCCGGAUGCGAGGGCUGCCACGACGCACCAGAAGGCGUCACUCGUCCAGACAGCAGAAACGUGGCCAGCCUACCACUGUUGGCCCCGCUGCCUAUCCUUUCUUCCUCCCUCCGCGCUGCGACCAAGCCCAGAGAUCCAUGUAGCUCCUUUGUGCCUAGGUGUUUGGACUGCAUCCGCGAGCGAUAUUGCCUCAGUUGCGACAGGUGGUGGUGCGAGUCGUGCUAUCAGCUCCCCGGCCAGAGCUCAGGGAUCACCAUUUCACUGUUGUCCAAGAGCUGCUGGGAAUGCGGUAGCAACUGCGAAACUUGUAUCAACAGUACCCAGCGAGUGUGCAAGAAGUGCUGCGCAGGAUAUUGCCUCAUUCACAAUGAAGGAUGUUCGGUGAACCAUGUAAGCUGCCCAGCCACCACUUUAGGAGGAGAGUCACGGAGUCAGCUAACACGACGACCAAAGUGCGAUUGUACGGUGCCCCAUUCUUGGGAAGCGUUGAAUAACAAUCCUACUGUAGAGUAA